CUCAUCUCUCUCGAUCUGUCGCUCUCGCAGCAUCCCACGCUCUCGCUCUCUCUCUCGCUCUCACGAACUCGAUGUCCCCAAAUCGCUCGAUAUCUCACAGCAAUCGAUCUUUCACAGGCUCUCUCACGCAAUCGAUUCAAAAGGUCCGAGCAGUCAGAAGUGAUAUGGGGAAAUGCUGCGAUCUCUGGUGGAUAGUUCAUUUUCUUUCAACUACCACUCCCCUCUAGAUUGUAUAAUAUCAAAAAAUUUAUUCUACAGUUAGAAUAAUGGAGAAUAGCAUCACUCGACGCACUUCAACACAAAGGAGAUGGAGAAAAGUUGCUUAUGGAGGCAUGCAACCUGGUUUUGAUGAUAAUCAUACUGAUGAAACUUUCCUUGAAGAAAUGGUCAUGAAUGCCAAUGUUGUUAAAAGAGACAUGCUAAAAGUGAUGCUAGACUCGGUUUCCAUUUCUCAAUACCUUUGCAUUGUAGCACUUGUGGUUUUGGUUUGGACUUACACCCUUAGUUCUACCAUAACUGAAAAGUUUCUAUUAGUUCUUGAUGUCACCCUUCUUGGAUCGGGCUUCUUUGUUCUUCUGUUAACAGCCAAAAUGCUUUCUUUCAAUCUUCUUCUCAAUUAUGCCAUUAAAAUCUCUUUCUUUACAACCGGUCUAUAUGUCCUUUCUCCAAUAUAUCACACACUCACCAGAUCAAUAAGCUCGGAUUCUAUAUUGGCUUUAACCACAUCACUUGUAAUCCUCCAUCUUUUCCUGCAUAACUAUUCUGGAUCAACCGUAAAAGCUCCUGGAGCAUUGGAAAGCCCGACCUUAACCAGCAAUAUUUCUCUUAAUGCUUCCAUUGUGGCUUCGCUUUUGAUUGCUUCUCGGCUUCCGUCAAGACUUCUUGUAUUUGGUGUAAUAUUGUUCUCUUUGCAAGUUUUUCUAUUUGCGCCAUUAGUGACCUACUGUCUUAAGAAGUACUCUUUUCGGUUGCACCUGUGGUUCUCGUUCGUGUUGAUGGGUACGACACUGGGUUGUGUUUACAAGCUGCACAAAUUGUUGUUUGUAUUCCUGUUGGGGAUGCUGGUUUUUGUUAAUUUGGUGUGUCCUUAUUGGUUGAUCAGAAUUCAAGAGUACAAGUUUGAGAUCAAUGGUCCAUGGGAUGAAGCAAAGUUGUGUUUCAAUAUAACAGACUGAAAAUGUGUAUUGCAUAUUGCGUUGGGUCUAUUUUAUUAUUUUUUGUUCGUUUAAUCGGAUAUCGUUGUGCAUUAUCUUCUCUAAGCUCAAUUUUAUCAUUUAUGCCUUGUCUGAUGAAAGGUAAGGUUGUUGUAACGUUUAUCUUUUCUUUUAUGAUAAAGAGGUAGAAAGCUUUUAUC